GUCGCCUGUUAGAGAAGAGUAUGAAUAAGGGUAUUCAUAUUUUUUCGAGAAACAGUCAACACUGGAAAUUAUUGAUUUUCUCUCGCAGCAGCUGGUGUGCAAAACAUUCUCGCCAAAAUGUUAAAAACAACGCAUUACCUUUUUUUUUUUUUUUUUUUUUAAUUUUUUUCCACUGUAGUAUAUUUUUGGCAUUUUACAAACGUGUUUCAACGACCAACACCUACAAUAUGAACACGUGACUCGGGAAUUAUUUGGUUUUACAAUAUUGGCCAAAGUGUGCAGUUUUUUUUCUAUAUUAGAAAUUACAAGCAAUCUCGACAUUGACAAUCUCUUUUACCUACUUAUAAGUUUUUUUUAAAAAAAUAUUAUCAAUCUAAGAAAAGAAAAACAAUAACAAUGGACACUUUUAACCGACCAGAUUCACCUCAGGAUUCGUUACUUCGCAUUAUAGAUUACACAGAGGUAAUAAGAACAUUUAAAAUAAUGUUUCCGACAUUAGACGAUGACGUGAUUGAAGCCGUUUUGAGCUGUAACAAGGGGGACGUUGAUCUAACAGUGGACCAGUUGUUAACGAUGAGUAGUGAAUGCCAGACCGAUUUGGUAACAAGAGGUUUGGUGUCAUGCAAUGAUGAUAGCGGUUUGCCAGAUGCCAAGUCAUCUCAACAUGAGUUAUUAGAUCCAAUGUAAAUAUUUGAUUGCAAUAUUAAAUUAAUUUGUUAAUUGAUGGUCUAUUUAAGGUUACCGGAUGUCCUUCACAAUCUUUGCAUAAACGACAGACAGAUUGGUUUCAAACGUUGGAAUCCACCAAUGCUCGGUCCUUUGCCCAAUGAUUUCCUGAGGUUAACUGCAUCGAACCAUUAUUCACAUGUAAACAUUUAUAUGUAUAUAAUAUAUACAUUAUACAUAUUUAUUUUGUUUAGUAUACCUUUUGAAAUUGUAUUACCUAUAACAGGUUUCAGAGAGUGAACUCAAUGACGAACAAAUUGCAAUUUUAUUACAAAACGAAGAAUUUCUCAUACAGUUACGCAAAAAUGAACAUUUUCUUUCGACUUUAGAAAAAGGUGUGUUGAUAUAUUAUAAUUUUUGUUUUGGAAAAAUAGAUUCAUAUAUACUCUUACCUAUAUUAUACUAAGCAUGUAUAAGUGCACUAUUUGUGAAUACAACAUAAUGAUUUAGGGUAUUUUAUACUAUGUUGUUUUAAUAGAUAGCCCUCUGGAAGAACAAAGGUUCUUUGUUGCAAAUAACACAUCAGGCGAUGACGAUGCGGCAUUUAAAGAAAGGCUGAAAAAUAUGGGAAAGGGUAUGAAAACCAUAAUUAAUAUUAAAAAGAUUUAUUGUAUUGUGUACAAAUUAGGAGCAUUGUAGAUAGUAGACCAUCAGAAAUAAAUUAAAUGUAACUAAAAUAAAUAAUAUCAAUUUAAUUAAUGUUUGUUGAAUUCAAUCAUAUAGCUUCUAGGAAAAAAUUUAUCCAAAUCGCACGGGUAUUCACGGGUAAAAAGAAGAAGAGCACAGCACGCAAUAUUCUGAAACAAGGUGAAACUCAUGCAAAAGACAAUUUGUUCCUUCACGAAGAAGAACGUUGAACUAAAAUAAUAUUACUACUAUUACUACUAUUGAUGUUUAGCGAAUAAUAGCCCUUUCUUUUUAUAUUCAACCAUGUUGUGUUAUUUUUGUUUUGAAUUGUUUAAUAGAAAUUGUUCAAUAAUAAUAAUGUAGAUUAGACAUAAAUAAAUAAUUACCAAUUUAUUAAAACAAAUUUAAUUAAAAUAGCAGUUGUUCUAAAUAAUUUUCAAAAUCAUCUUCUCUAGGUUUUUCAUCUUCUAUCUGUAAUUGUUCACUCCAUACAUUAUCUUCAAUUGUUAGUUUUGAAGUAACUGGAGCAUCUGCAUUACUAGUUGAAGGCUGGUGAUCAGGUGUUUUUUCAUCUUUUGAACGCUUUGAUCUGUGUUUAUUGGAUUUGGAAAAUGUCCGUUUAACUUCUUUCUUUUUAUGUUUGUAAUUUAAUUUUUUGGAGCACUGUGCACAUAGCCCUUAAAAAAAGGUUCAAUAUAAUUUUAAAACUAAGAGUGUGUUAUAGUUUAGUGGUGCACAAUCUUUUUUGAUGCACGACCCCCAAAAUUAUCUAGUUUGAUGAUAUGACCUCCCCUUCCUACCAAUAUUAUGUAAGUAAUAUUUACUUACUUAAUGGUCUUAAUGUAAACAAAAAUUGUAUUCAUAUAAAUUAAAUUGUUAAUUUUAACUAAUUUUAAUAUUUUUUUAAUUUAAUUAAUCUAAAACAUUUUAAUAUUUUUAAAAUUAUAAAAUUACUAGGUACUACAUGAUUUAAUGAUUUUAAUGAGAGACCUGAGCUUGCAUUGCAGACAUUGUUGAUUCUAUGUUUGGUUAGGUUACUACUCUUUGAUAAAUAUAUACAAAUUAUCUAAAAUAAUAUACAUAGUAUAUAACUUUUUCAUUUGGUGUUAAAUUAUUGGCGACCCGCUAAUAAAAUUUUACGACCCCCAGGUUGCGCACCACUGGUAUAGAUAUAUGUGCAAAGUGGGUAUACUUAAUUUGACUAGUGUAUUUUUCUUCUCUCCAUGUUCCAUGUAACUAAAAUUGACUUCCCACGUUCGUAAAUGUUUUAUUUCAUCGCAAAUUCUAUUGCCGCAAAUAAACUGUCCUUUACCACUGACCAUUUCAUUUUCUGUUUGCCAACGCAUCGCUACCUAAAUAAGGUUAAUAAGGUAUAUUUGAUUAUUUAUAAAUUGAAUUAUCAAAAAUUAUAAUGAAUUAGUAUUAAUAGUAGUACCUUGGACAUUUUAUACAAACUUAAGUCACAAAUACAAUAUUCUUUAAACAACUUGUCAUAGUACUUCUUUGCCAAUUUCUGUUCCCAAGUAACAACUUCAUCGUCCUCGUCCCAAACAAAUUUAUGGUUUUCUUGUAUGACAUCAAUGUCACGUUUUUCACGU